AUGAACUUGGGAAUGCUUUCUCUGAACUCAGACUCGCCCCAAAAGCACUACCUGGGUUCGAGCUCCGGGCUUCUAUUCACCAACCUCAUCGGGGCAUCGCCUUCUAGUACGGCAUCUACUCCUCAGGAGACUGCAGUUCAUGCCCAAGCUGGCGAUACAGACUGGUACGAAGGGCCAAGAGAGCAAGCCAAGCAGUACUGCCUUGACAUGUAUGCAUUUUUGAAGCAGGAGUUGCCCCCUCGACAUGAUGCAUUGCUGCUUGUCCACACAUAUACCCGAUGGAUACACCCUGACUUUCCAGUUCUCGAGCCUUCAGGCAUCUUCAGUGCCCUGGACGCCAUCUACGACUGCCUUCAAGACCCGCUGUUGGAUAAUGACUUCCGCAAUGGCUGGCCCAGUAACAUGAGGCCUUUCUAUUGGAAUGGACGCCAAGUAGUCCCUGGGAUAACAGAAUCAGGGGGGGUUACCAUGCCAGUCGUUGCCUUCACGCUAUUCAUGAUUUUGAACAUUGGUGCAAUUGUCAAGGUCAGGUCUCGCAUCUACGAAUAUCCCCCGCAGCGAUACUACCGAGCGGCCAUACACUUCUCUAAAGACGCCUUCUCACAGAUUUCACUGCCCUCUCUUCAAGGCCUGGUAAUGCUGGUUGUCCACAGUAUGCUGACGCCCGCCGAAGUCAACCUUUGGACAUUGGUGCACCUGGCGCUUGCUUAUUGUGUCGAGAUUGGAGUCCAUCGAGAGCAGGCAGAAUUAUCUGCUAGCGACUUUACGUACCAGCAAGUUAGGAGAUUCACGUUUUUCACAAUUUAUUCCCUGGACAGAUCCAUCUCAUCGAUCCAAGGGCGCCCGCUGGGCUUUCGAGAUGAAACCUUUGACAUACAGAUGCCUCAACCUCCAGCACAGUUCUCCGAGUCUAGAGACGGCCCCAUUCCGCCGUCGUUUGCGGCAGCUGUCACACAUUACUCCAUUUACAAAUUCAAGCUUGAUCGCAUCGUUUCGGACAUUAAGCUUCAUCUCUACCACCUUCCCGGAGAGUCGAGUUGGUUCCCGUGGCCCAAAAAUUCCGUUGAGCACCAAGAGCGCAUCAAAGACGCCAUCCAAAAUUGGUGGGAUGAGGUUCGAGACGACCCGCUCGACUUCGCUUGCCUUGACAGCCGCCAACGACAAGUUUGGAGACUGAAGCUCAGAGUCAAAUACCACUCGACCAUGAUCCUACUAUUCCAACCAUCGCAGGUGAUCCCAUCACCAUCUGCACAUGCCCUCGGAAUAUGCCUAGACAGCGCAUCUGGGAUUCUGAAUGACUAUCAACGACUACACGAUUUGCAGAGCUUAGAUCACGGAUGGAGGGCAGUUCUCAACAUCUUUGCCGCUGGAGCUACUUUGAUAUACUCUUUCUGGACAUCAGAACAGGUUCGCAAAAAUGCAUCAGCAGCAGAUAUGGCAAAGGACCUUAGGACGUGUUCUAGCCUUCUCACUGUGGGCGGAGAAUGGUGGCCAUCUGCUAAGACCGGACAACGAAGUUUUGGCCUAGUUGCGGACCUUACGAUGCGGAAACUCUACAUGGACAAUGGGGCUUCAAAAGCUCCACGCCUGGCUAUGGAUUCGUCGUCACCUGGUUGGCAAUCUAAUCAUCGCGCUGGGCAUGGGGAGCAGUCAAUUCAAGUUCUAAGUGGAGAGGAUGCCUUGGAAACGCUCGAUCACCUCCCCCUCGACGAGACAUGGCAACAUAUGGACCACGUCGUCACUCAGGAUGAUGGUCAAGUCACAUGGCAUGGAGCUGGAGAAGGGAGAGGCGGUAGGGGUGUGGAUGUGAUCCCGGAGAUCGAGACUUUCCUCGCAGACUUCGACCGGUCUGAUUUCACCUGGAGCUUUCCUCUAACCAGUGUCGCGAAGCUCAGUCUUCAAGACUUCAGUGGUAUCGAAGAUGGAGUGAAGCCAAUGACCAUCAUGUCAUUCUCAGCACUGCGAUCAUUCCGGCAGCUCGCCACAGCAUGCCCCCGACAUGUUCGGAUGCUUGCGACAGCCUCGUCGCAUGUCGCGCUGAGUCCGUUGGAACCAUAUAGCCCCCUCGAUUACGGCUCUCGACUGCAAUCCCUCGACCGCGUACGGAAGUUGAACCAACGACCUUUAACCCUCUCCGAAAAGCUCCUUUACAGCCACUUGAUUCACGAUGCCGACGACUGGGCGCUCGACGAAAUCGAACGAGGCAAAACUAUCCUGCGGAUACGGCCAGAUCGCGUCGCUUGUCAUGAUGCUACCGCCACCAUGGCACUGCUCCAAUUCAUCAGCGCUGGCCUGCCCCGCGUUCAAGUACCAACCUCCGUACACAGCGACCAUCUCAUCGUGGCCGAGUACGGUGCAAAGGAGGAUCUCACCAGGGCCUCUAGCGACCAUCGCGAGGUGUAUGCGUUCCUGGGUAGCGCUGCAAAGAAAUACGGCAUCGGAUACUGGAAAGCUGGCGCAGGGAUUAUUCACACAACCAUUUUCGAGAACUACGCGUUCCCGGGUGGUUUGAUGAUUGGAACAGACUCUCACACUCCCAAUGCUGGUGGGAUGGGCAUGAUGGGCAUUGGCGUUGGUGGCUCUGAUGCUGUCGACGCCAUGGCCGGUAUGCCUUGGGAGCUGGUCUGUCCCAAAGUUGUGGGUGUUCGCCUAACCGGUCGGCUCUCUGGCUGGAGCUCAUCCAAGGACAUCAUCUGCAAGCUGGCUGGUAUUCUGUCCGUGUCCGGGGGCAAGGGAAAAGUCAUUGAGUUCUUCGGCCCUGGUACAGAAUCACUAGGCGCCACCGCAAUGGCCACGGUCUGUAACAUGUCUGCUGAGAUCGGAUCGACUUCGUGCAUUUUCCCCUACUCAGAGGCCAUGGGUCGAUACCUCUCGGCCACGAAACGGGCAGACAUCGCACAGCAUGCCAACAAAUUUAAAGAUGCGUUGCUUGUUUCAGACCCAGGUAGCGAGUCGUUCUACGACGAUAUCAUCGAGAUCGACCUAUCCACGUUGGAGCCGCACAUCAACGGCCCCUUUACACCCGACUUGAGCCACCCUUUGUCGCAGUUCAAGCAGCAUGUCGAAGAGAGCUCCUGGCCAUCCAAGAUCAGUUACAGCAUGGUUGGCAGUUGCACCAACAGCUCGUACGAGGACCUUUUGAAGGUUUCCAACCUCGUGACGCAGGCCAAAGAGUCAGGCAUGCACCGUGCUAAAACACCAUUCAUGGUCAGCCCCGGCAGCGAGCAGAUCCGCGCCACGGCAGAGGAGGCGGGCAUUCUGUCUACGCUCAGGGAGGCUGGAGCUGUGGUGCUAAGUAAUUCAUGCGGCCCAUGCGUGGGGCAGUGGGAUCGAAAAGAUGUUGACAUUAAGGGGGCAGAGAGCAACAGUGUGAUUUCUAGCUUCAACAGAAAUUUCACGGGACGCCAUGAUGGAAACCCUUCCACACACUCAUUCGUCACAUCUCCCGAAAUCGCCACAGCUUUUGCCUUUGCGGGUGAUCUUACAUUCAAUCCUACUACGGAUCUGAUUACUUUCGUCGAUGACUCUGGUUCGCCGACGGAGUUCCGCUUUGCGCCUCCGACCGCCGAUGAGCUGCCCGAUUCCUUCUUCCCAGGCAAUGAUUUGUAUCAAGCACCUGUUCUCGCCGACACAUCGGAAUACAAGGUCGACAUUGAUAAGAAUAGUGAUCGGCUGCAACUUCUGGAGCCUUUCAAGCCAUGGCAAGGGGGAAACGCCAACGACAUGGAAAUUCUGGUGAAAGUCCAGGGCAAAUGCACCACUGAUCAUAUCUCUCCCGCAGGCCCAUGGUACAACUACCGAGGCCAUCUUGAGAACAUUAGUCACAACAUGCUCCUUGGAGCCACCAACGGUUUCCUCCCCAAUGCCACCUCCCUCCAGAUGGUUGGCCGAGCAGAGAACCUGCUCACGCAUGACAUUGAGCCGAUCCAUGAGGUUGCUAGGAGCUUGCAAAGCUCUGGCAUCCGGUGGUGCAUUAUCGGCGACCAUAACUACGGCGAGGGCAGCUCCCGUGAGCAUGCGGCCCUGGAACCUCGGUACCUAGGGGGAGUUGCCGUCAUUGCGAGAGGCUUCGCUCGUAUUCACGAGACGAACCUGAAGAAGCAAGGCAUGCUUCCGUUGACAUUCGCUGAUCCUGCGGAUUACGAUCGUAUCAAGAAGGGGGAUCGUAUCACGCUGCGCCAUGUAGACGGAGAUGGUUUUCAGCCCGGAAAGCAGGUCACUAUGGAAGAGAAGGAAGCUACAUAG